ACCAACUCACCACUUAAAAACACUUACAACUCUGAUACAAAUUCCUCUUGCAAAACAACUGACAAUCUUUCUCAUUUCAAAGAAACUAAGAUCAAACCCUCGAAAUAAACCUAUCUAUCCCUGGAACCACAAGACGAAAUCAUGAACCCCCAAGGUGAAGGUCCUCCUAAUCGGUAGUGGGGGCGUAGGAACCAUGGCAGCAUACAAUCUCGAAACCGGGGGGCAGGCAACCGUCACAGCAGUCCUCCGUUCGAAUUACCACUCCGCGAAAGAAAAUGGUUUUACAAUCACCUCGAUCGAUCACGGGGAUAUCAAAGGGUGGAGACCAACACUUUGAUAAUACCUAUACCCAACUUACCCUCCACCAUAUCCUCACUUCCUAACCAAUCCACUGACCCGUAUCUCAGUAACGAACUCCAUCCCCGAUAUCUCCACAACAGGAGAGAAAUACGACCUAAUCGUCGUCACAACAAAAAACAUCCCCGACAUCUCACCCACAAUCGUAGAUCUCAUCACGCCAGCCGUAACACCCCACCACACGACCAUCAUGCUCCUCCAAAACGGGCUGAAUAUCGAACGUCCCCUGAUUACGGCUUUCCCAAGGAACUAAAUCUUAUCAGGUGUCUCCUUGAUCGGUGCUACUGAGACCUCUCCCGGGACCAUCAUCCACGACGAUCGGGAUCGAGUGACAGUUGGUCCUUUCCUAUCCCCCGGGAUCCCAGAAGAGAGGUGUGUUGAGGCUGCGAGGGAAUUUGUGCGUUUGUAUAGCGCUAGUGGGAGGGUGGGUGUUAGUUACGAGAAGGAUGUUGCGGGGUGUCGGUGGAGGAAGUUGGUUUAUAAUGCUAGUUAGUAUGUCCUCCCCCCUCUCCCCUCUCCCCUCUCCCCUCUCCCCUUCUCAAAUGAACUGCAAUAUGUGGAAUUUUGUAUUGUGGGACUGAGAGGAGUAGUAAUGGAGCUUGUGCUAUUACUGGUAUGGAUACGAGUUCCACGCGCAUGGCUGGGUUUCCGAUCGAGGGGGUUGUUGGACCGCUUAUGGAGGAGGUUGUUGGGGUUGCGAGGGCGGCGGGGCAUGAGUUGCCGGGGGGUAUUGUUGAGGAUAUGAUUGAUUGUGUGCGUUUUGAUUUUCUUUAUAUCCUUUUGAGCUCCUGUUGUAAGGGGGCGAGACGACGUUUCCAACUUGGGUCUCUUGGAUGAUGAUUGAGCAGGUGCUGAUACGUUGACAGGAUCCAUGGGAUACGUUCUUCAAACCUAGUAUGCAGCAGGAUAUCGAGAAGGUAUUAUUUCUCUUGGCCCUCUUACCUUCCUUUCAUCUCUCUCCUCACUUCCAAUUUCAAAAAAGGAACUUUCGACAUUUCAAGAAAAUGAUAUUGACAAACACGCAACAGGGAAACUUCAUCGCAUUCAAGAACAUAAUCGGAGAACCACUACGAGAAGCAGAAAGACUAGGUGUUCCAGCUUCGGGAUUGAGAAUGCUUUAUGAGUUGUUGAAAAUCAAACAGUUUCAACUUAAGCUGAAGAGGGGGGUUGCUGUUUUGGCGACGACGAAGAGAGGUCGUGAAUGAAUAGUUUCAUCAAUCUGAAAUCGCAGAAAGCUGUAUUUGAGGGUCGCUUCGAUACCCAUUGGGUGUCUUUUGUUGGUUGAGUAGGGCGGUCUAGGUGGGUUCAGGUUGUGAAUACCUGAGAGA